AUGGCAACAUGUGAUCCUUACAUUGAAAUCAUUGAAGAACCUAAGCAGCGUGGCUUUCGGUUUCGUUAUGGAUGUGAAGGACCAUCUCAUGGAGGUUUACCUGGGGUUUCAAGUGAAAAGAACAAUAAAACAUAUCCAGCCGUGAAGAUCCACAACUACACAGGGCCUGCCAGGGUUAUUGUACAGUUGGUUACCAGUGAUGAGCCGCCACUUCUGCACGUUCACAGCCUGGUAGGAAGACAAUGUAAAAAUGGGAUCUGUUUUGCUGAGAUAGAUUCCGAGGACAUGACCGCAAGCUUUCCCAACCUUGGAAUCCUUCAUGUUCCAAAGAAAGAUGUAGCAGCAAUUAUAGAAGAACAGCUGGUUAAGUCCUGGAUGUCAGAUCUCAAUGAUGAAAAUCCUUCACUUUCUGAUGAAGAUGGAGUGGAAUUGCAACAGAAUCAGUUGCAAAAAGAAGACAGAGAGAGAAUUCAUCACGAAGCCCAGAAGCAAACCAAAUACAUGGAUCUCAGUGUUGUUCGCCUGAUGUUUACUCCAUACCUUCCUGGAAGUGAUGGCAAGUUCACUCAUAGACUUAGCUCAGUCAUAUCGGGACCCAUUUAUGACAGCAAAGCACCCAAUGCAUCAAGUUUGAGAAUAGUACGAAUGGCCAAAACUGCCGGCAGUGUGGUGGGAGGGGAAGAAGUCUUUCUGCUGUGUGACAAAGUACAAAAAGAUGACAUUCAGGUCCGAUUCUUCCAGGAAGAUGAAAGUGGACACAUUUGGGAUGCAUUUGGAAAAUUUAGUGCUGCUGAUGUUCAUCGACAGUUUGCUAUAGUUUUCAAGACACCAAAAUAUUUUGACAUGCACAUCACCAAACCCAUCUCAGUGUUUGUUCAAUUACGAAGACGAUCAGAUGGUGAAACCAGUGAACCCAAGCCAUUUAUAUAUUACCCACACAAACAGGCAAAGAAAAAGAUUGAGAAGAAAUGGCAAAAGGUUUUGCCCAAUAGUCCAGAUCAUUAUGAGGAUACAGCAGGACAUGGGGUAAUCUAUCGUACUGGUCCUGGAGAAGAAAUGACAAUUUUAAAAAGACCUGAAUUCUUCAUAUCACCUUCCUACACAUACAGAGAUGACAGUAGAACAGGUUUACAGUUUUCUCAAGAUAAUGAUAUGCUGUCCUAUUUUCAUACAUUUGAGCUGCCAGGUUAUGGGGAAAUAAAAAAGCCAUUGGCUGUUUGCAAUCACGUGCUAACAGCCCAGGACACCAGGAAUAACAUGUAAAAACUCUAACAGGCU